UUGUAGACUGCUACCUCCAGUGCAAUGUAAGGCCAUUGGUGGAGGAGACGGGCUGGAGCCAAUGUAGCCAGGGAUUCAGAGGCCAAUAACCCCCGGAGUGGUCAACUGCUGGAAGGCAGCCGUUGUUUGCUGAUGAUAAUGAGAGAUUCAAAACCUUUAAUAGAUAUGGAAAUGGCAGAUUACACCGAGGCUCUGGAUCCCGCUUACACCACUCUGGAGUUCGAGAAUAUGCAAGUGCUGACCAUAGGGAAUGAUUCUUCACCAUCAGAAGUGACCGGUAUCGGCGCCGUCAACAGUAUUGGGAUCAACUCUUUGUGUUCCAUCUGCGGCGACAGAGCGACGGGGAAACAUUACGGGGCGUCCAGCUGCGAUGGCUGCAAGGGGUUUUUCAGGAGGAGCGUCAGGAAGAAUCACAUGUACUCCUGCAGGUUCAGCAGACAGUGCGUGGUGGAUAAAGACAAGAGGAAUCAGUGUCGUUACUGCAGAUUAAAGAAAUGUUUCCGGGCUGGUAUGAAGAAAGAAGCUGUACAAAAUGAACGAGAUCGGAUAAGCACGCGGAGGUCGAGUUACGAAGACAGCAGCCUGCCUUCAAUUAAUGUAUUAAUACAAGCAGAAGUCCUAUCACAACAGAUAACCUCAUCAGUGACCAUGCUGAACGCAGACAUCCGAGGGAAGAAGAUAGCCAGCAUAACAGACGUCUGCGAUUCCAUGAAGCAGCAGCUUCUGGUCCUUGUGGAAUGGGCCAAGUACAUUCCAGCGUUCUGUGAACUUCCCCUAGACGAUCAGGUGGCGCUGUUACGUGCACACGCUGGAGAGCACUUACUACUGGGGGUUGCCAAGAGGUCAAUGAUCUACAAAGAUAUUUUACUCCUAGGAAAUGACCGAGUCAUACCAAGGAACUGCCCUGAACUUGAAGUGGGGCGAGUAGCUGUGCGAAUCCUGGACGAGCUGGUAUUUCCAUUCCAGGAGCUGCAGAUGGACGAUAACGAAUACGCCUGUUUAAAAGCAAUCAUAUUUUUUGACCCUGAUGCCAAAGGACUGAGUGAUCCCACGAAAAUCAAGAGGAUGAGAUAUCAGGUCCAAGUGAGCCUGGAGGAUUAUAUCAACGACCGACAGUACGACUCUCGGGGGAGGUUCGGGGAGCUGCUCCUCCUGCUGCCCACCCUGCAGAGCAUCACCUGGCAGAUGAUCGAGCAGAUUCAAUUCGUCAAACUCUUUGGAAUGGCGAAGAUUGACAACCUGCUGCAGGAGAUGCUGCUGGGAGGGUCAGCAAAUGAAGCCCCCCACUCCCAUCACUCUCUUCACCCCCACCUGGUCCAGGAACAUUUGGCAACCAACGUCAUAGUGGCCAACAACACGAUACCAGCGCAGCUACAAAAUGGGCAGAUGUCUACACCAGAGACACCACAGCCGUCCCCACCUGCCGGCUCCGGAGCGGAGCAAUAUAAGAUCGUUCAUGGUGCCAUCUCUGCUCUGUCCAAACAGCCCACCUGUAUCCUGCAGCCAACCAUCACCAAACAGGAGAGCAUGUGACUCACUGCCGUGCCAUAA